CACAACUCAGGAUCCAUACAAAACAUGACAUCCAUUCCAGAUCACAUAAUCUACCAUAUCCUCCCCCAACUUCCGGUGAAAUCCCUUGUAAGAUUCAAGUGCGUAAGCAAGAAUUGGUCAUCCUUCAUCGCCCAUCCAGAUUUCAUUAAAGCCCACGUGGAUCGCACAAAAACACAAUCUUUAAUCAUUUCUUCCUUGGAGCACCAAAAUCUUCAUACCAGCAUCAUCCGCUUCUUCUCCAUCAGAGUCAUUAACGAAGUUUCAGACACCGAAAUCUCAGCUUCUUUUCCUGUCCCUUUCGACUCUUACCAUGUCUUACCCUCUUGUAAUGGUCUGGUCUGCUUCUACGGUUCACAUGGCGGGAUUCACGUUUGCAACCCUGCUAGCAGGAAGAUGGUAACACUGUCGGACCGCAGUGAUGCAGGUGCUCAAUCUUGGACUUGCGGAUUGGGAUUCGACAAAAUAACUGGUAAGUACAAGGUGGUUAAGUUUUUAAAGCCUUGCGGAGUGGAUGAUGAUGUUUCAGAUAGCCUGAGGCUCGAGGUUUUUACCAUGGACGAAGACAAUUCUUGGAGGACAGUAAGGUUCCAGCCUCCGUUUCGCUUCCCUUUUCGGCAACCACCGGUGUUUGCUGGUGGCUUCUUUUACUGGAUCUCUGACCCCGUUGUUGACUCUUCUGGUUUUUCAAUAAUUUCAUUGGACGUGGGACAUGAAAUUUUUGGAGUAAUAAAGCCACCAGAAAGCCUUUGGAGGAAGAAUUGGUAUUUGUUUUCCCUAGUGGAACUUGGAGGGAAGUUAUGUUUGGUAGAUUUGGAUUUUGACGUUGCGGAGAAGAACAGGAUGGAUAUUUGGAUUUUUAAGGAAAACGUGGAUUGCGACAGAACGCAUGACUUGUGGUUGAGGGAAACCAUAGUUCAUCCGUCGGAGUCUAUUGACUGCACCUUGCCGGUGGCGGUUGUGGGCGGAGAAAUUUUGUUGCACGGAUACGUGAAAGGGUUAGGUGAAUUGAACAUUUAUGAUCCAAAAUUGGGUCGAUUUAGGGAGUUGGAGAUUGGAAAGGUUUCGUGGCAGUAUUUUCAUGCAAGUUCUUAUGUGGGAAGCAUGGUACCUGUCCCAAAUAAUCACUAACGAAUCGAUGUAUUUAAUUUAAGGUAUUGAUACGGGAACAAUUUAAAAAUUUUUGUCUCUCAUUUUUCUGGUUGCUUCUCUGUGGGCUGCCUGAAAAUUUGAUAUUUAAGGAAAAGGAGGAUUCACCGGUUGGAACACUGUUUUGAGGCCAUCCAAGUCAGAUCUUUCUUAUGGAUAAUGGACAAGUCUAAUGGAUUGUAAUUCACUACUCUUUACCUGACUGGGUUUUUUUUUUUUUUUUAGAGGUAUAAUUUGGGGUAGGGGAGGAAAUGGAGAAUUGCAGCAUAGCAGCACCAUGGUUUCAAUUUUGGUUAUUAAUAAGGUAUUGAGUGUAUC